CAGUUCCUCCUCCUUUCUCGGCCGUGGGGCAGUAGAGCUGGAGGACUCUCAGCUGCUGGAAGAUCUGGAUGAUUUGCUAAAGCCAAACGGGAGAAACUCUGAGAAACUAAGGCGACCUGCUGCUUUCACAGUGUUGAUCUAUUCCUUACUCUCUGUGUGGUGAAAGUUUAACAAUGGGGGCUAACGACCUCAACAUGAACUCUGACCUCGCCAGGUCGCAACCUCCUGCCCGGCGCCGGAGCCUCUUCAACAACAUCAAGUUCUUUGUAUUUUGCCACAGUUUGCUGCAGCUGGCGCAGCUGUUGGUGUCGGGCUACAUGAAGAGCUCCAUCUCCACCAUCGAGAGACGCUACGGCCUCUCCAGCCAGAAGUCGGGGCUCCUGGCUGCUUUCAACGAGGUGGGGAACACGGUCCUCAUCGUCUUUGUGAGUUUUUUUGGGAGUCGAGUCCAUCGGCCGCGGUUCAUUGGAGGCGGAGCUCUGCUGGCGUGCCUGGCGUCGCUGCUGAUGGCAAUGCCUCACUUCCUGAGCGGACAGUACAACUACACUGAUCACGUCAGAUCGUCAAAUGCUAACAGCUCUGGCCUCUGCCAAUCAGAGAGAACCCUCACCACCUCACCCUCCAAUCAGAGCUGCAGCCAGCAGGAGAGCCCCGCCCAGCAGGUGGUGUACCCUCUGCUGCUGCUGGGCCAGCUGCUGCUGGGCAUCGGAGCCGUCCCCAUCCAACCCUUCGGCAUCUCCUACAUCGACGACUAUGCCAGCAAGAAGAACUCACCACUCUACCUCGGCAUCCUCCUCGCUGUGACCUCCAUCGGCCCGGCCUUUGGCUUCAUCACCGGCUCCCUGAUGCUGCGCUUUUAUGUGGACUUCGACAAGUUAUCCAAAGACCAGAUCAUUUUGGACCACAAGGACCUGCGCUGGGUGGGAGCCUGGUGGCUCGGCUUCUUGGUGGCGUCCUGCCUCCUCUUCCUCACUGCGCUGCCUUACCUCUUCUUUCCACGAAACAUGCCCAAAGAGGAUGGCACUGAUGAUGUCGAGUCCAGACCGGACUGUAAGCAGCAACAGGCAGACCCGUUCCAGGAACUUUCACUCCUUCAGUUCCUCAAAAGUUUUCCUCGUAUCGCUCUGCGAACGCUGCGGAGCCCCAUCUAUCUGCUGGUGGUUCUGGCCCAGGUCAAUCUGGCGGCGCUGCUGGCCGGCCUCGCCACUUUUAUGGCCAAGUUCAUUGAGAGACAGUUCAGCCAGACUGUCUCCUUUUCCUCCAUGAUGAUAGGGGGAGUUUGUAUCCCUCUGGCAGUGCUGGGCACCGUCCUGGGUGGAGCUCUGAUGAGGAAGUUGAAUCUUUCGGUCAGCGGUGCCAGCAAGUUGUGCACCACUGCCAUCCUUCUCUGCAUGUUCUCCGCUACACCGCUGUUGCUCAUUGGCUGCCCCACCCAGAAGGUUGCCGGAGUCUUCCCUCACAGCUCUGAUGCGUUGUCAUGCAGCACUAGCUGUCACUGUCCCCGGGAGGCAUUUAACCCAGUGUGUGGUUCAGAUGGUGUGGAGUUCAGGUCCCCCUGCCAUGCCGGAUGUAUCGGCAUGCAGACAGAUACCAAUAACAAAGCCACAAACUACACUGAGUGCCGGUGUGUCGGCGGUCUCGGCUUUGCCUCUCCUGGGACAUGUGGCAGCGGAUGCUCGCACCUCCUCCUCCCCUUCAUGGUCCUUAUCGGUGUCACCGGCUUCGUCGCCUCCUUCUCCCAGACCCCCUCCUACAUCAUGAUACUCCGGUCGGUGCCCACAGAGGACAAGUCGUUUGCAGUUGGAGUGCAGUACAUGCUGUUCAGAGUGCUUGCGUUCAUGCCCGGCCCGGUUUUGUACGGCAGUGUCAUCGACACCACCUGCAUCCUUUGGGGCAAGAAGUGCAACAAGCAGACUUCCUGUCUCUACUACAACCUGGACCGCUUCAGACAUAGGUUUCUGGGUCUGCAGGUGGUCUUUGUGUGCGGGGGGCUGCUCUGCUUCCUGUUGACGGUUGUAGUCCUGCGCAGGAGGGCCAGACAUCAGGAACCACAGCAAGAGAGUAAAGGAGGGUACGAGCUGGUGAACGGGCAGAAAACACCAGGGAAUGUUUCAUCUGCGGAAAAAGAACUGAAGGCCAUCAACACCUGAAGAAACCCAGCAGGAGGACUCAGGACAGACAGACACAGAGAGGCGGAACGAGGAGGAAACAGAACACAAGCAGUUGCUAAGAUGUUGGAAGCUGCUUUGCUACCAAAGCUGCGAGUUACUCAGUAUGCAUCGAUUGUUUCUCCUGCCUGUCAAGGACCCGACAGCCUGCAAAACGAGGCCAAGAUACUUUUUGAUUUUGUAUUUUUACAUCCAACACUCAGCACGUGCUCUGUUAACAUUUCCAGUGGUGUACAAUUUUCUACUGAAGUCAAAGUAGAAAUACCACAGUGUACAAAUACAGCAUUAAAAAUUCUACUUAAGUCCUGGAAAAUGUCACAAGGACGUACAUUUAGAUGUACUUAAAUUACUGAAAGUAAAAGCACUUAUUGUGCCGAAUGGCAUUAUAAUUUUUGAUGCAUUAAUGUGUUCACUUUUAAUCACUUUAAUGUUGCAGCUGGUAAAUGUAAAGCUACUUUUGACUACUUCCUUUGCUGCUGGGCCAAAAUCUUAACAAUAAUCAAAGUGUAGUAAAAGUUACCAGUAUAUUGUGACAUAUAUAAUAAAUACGUACAGACUGCGUUUAUAUGAUGCAGUCAGCCCAAAACAAACAUCAAUCAUCUGGUGCUGGCAUUUAAUAAGCUCUACUUUUCAACUUUUCCCUACAGAAACAAAGUCAGGGAUCUGUGAGGGUGAUUCCAGUUACUCAAAUCAUUUCAGCCAUGCUAGCAGCAUGCUAGGAGCAUGGCUCUGGACAUCAAUGCCAGUCGGCAUUACUACAACCACAACUGAAUGGAUUGCCAUGAAACUUUUCAGACAUUUACUGACAUCUAGCUACAUCACCAGGUCAACAUAUCUGCAAAACCGAAGUGAGCAAGGCCACAGAAAACUGGAUAACUGAUGCCUUGAGCUGUUUUUUGUCGGCCAUGUGACCCCCAUUUUAGAGGUCGCAGUGGUCCGUCCAGAGUCUGCCUUGCUGUGCAUCGUCCUCCAUUUCUCUCUCACGUCAUUUCCUGUCAUCUUUCCACUGUCACCUAUCUAAUGAAGGCAUAACCAUGCCCCAAAAUAAGCUGCGAAAAAGUCCCACUAAAGCAUCCAGUUCUAACCCAAACUUCAUACUUCGGAGCUUCGGAAAGCUGCGCGAGAUGUCAGACACCACAUCCAUGUUUUUGUGUGAUUUAAGAGCAAACUAAAGGUGUUGACAUCGUAAGAGUGACUCUACUGGCAUCAGAGCCCCAACAUGUUGGCUGUUUGGAUGAAUUUAGAUGCCAAAAAAUUGUGCUGUUUUUUUUUGGGGGGGGGGGGUUUCUUACUAGCAGAGUGGACAACUCGAUGAUGAAAACCCACAAACAUGAAUGUUAGUACUUAAGUCUGACUAUUGAGUGUGGUUUCAUUACCUGCUCUGCAGUGAUGACAGUGCUUUUUGCUAUUGUUGAAUUUAUGUCAUUUUGUACACUUAUUAAAAAAGGGCUUUUACUUAGAAAAUAAGAAUCAAACAUUUUUUUAAGCAAAAAAAAUGUAUAAAGAGAUUUCAACUGAUUCCUUAUCAUGAAAUUAACUAGUUGAUAUUUUUUAUACUUUUUUUGAUGAAAAUCAAUAGUGUCUGAGUUUCGAUGAUCCUGGAUCUCCACCUGACACAACAGAUGUAACCAGUCUGGACCUUUUCAGUUUUGUAAAAAUGUUUUUCCUGACACAUCCUUGUGUUUUCGCUAAAUCGAAUGACAUUUUGUUGAAGCUACUGUGUUAAAUGCUUGUUGUUUUUGUUCAUUUAUUUUGUACACUCUCAACUGUUUAGUUAAAAAAACCUUUUUGUUAAAACUUCAUGAAAUAUGAUGUUGUAUGAAAUUACAGUUUUCUAAAAAGCCAUCGUCAGUACCAAAGAAAGUGCUCAGCCCUGAAGCACUGAAAGUCAUGUCUUGUAUGAGCAAAAAACAACAAUUAAAAACUGUAUGUGUG